GCACUUGCCAGUUGUCAUUCGGUUCUCAUUGCAAGCGGACCGACCAAAUGAACUCGGUUUUGGUUUCGGUUCUGGUCUACUACUAUUGCAUCACUCACAGUUUGGACUAACUACCCUAGAAGAUCCCCGACUCACACUUGGAAUAUCCACGCAAUGGCAGCCGGCGUCUUCAAGAGCUUUAUGCGCGACUUCUUUUCGGUAAAAUACGACGACCAGUUAAAUGAUCCCCAAUCGGAGCGACUAGAUGCCAAUGGACGCCACUAUCCCAAUUGCUCCUCGGAUGUUUGGUUGCGAUCCUGCGAGCGGGAGAUAGUGGAUCCCAUCGAGGGUCAUCACAGUGGACACAUCCCACGAUGGAUUAGCGGCAGUCUGCUGAGGAAUGGACCCGGCAGCUGGAAGGUGGGCGACAUGACCUUUGGCCAUCUCUUCGACUGCUCGGCGCUGCUGCAUCGAUUUGCCAUUAAAAAUGGACGUGUUACCUACCAGAAUCGAUUUGUGGAUACGGAAACCCUGCGAAAGAAUCGUUCAGCCCAACGGAUUGUGGUCACUGAGUUUGGAACGGCAGCUGUUCCAGAUCCCUGUCACUCAAUCUUCGAUCGAUUUGCGGCCAUAUUUCGACCCGACAGUGGGACGGACAAUUCAAUGAUUUCCAUAUACCCCUUUGGGGAUCAGUAUUACACAUUCACCGAGACGCCCUUUAUGCAUCGAAUAAAUCCCUGUACUUUGGCCACCGAGGCGCGUAUCUGCGCCACGGACUUUGUGGGCGUGGUGAACCACACCUCGCAUCCGCACAUCAUGCCCAGCGGCACCGUUUACAACCUGGGCACCACAAUGACCAGAUCUGGACCGGCUUACACCAUCCUCUGUUUUCCCCAUGGUCGUCAGAUGUUCGAGGAUGCUCAUGUGGUGGCCACACUGCCUUGUCGAUGGAAGCUGCAUCCCGGUUAUAUGCACACCUUCGGCCGGACGGAUCACUUCUUUGUGAUUGUGGAACAACCGCUGUCCGUUUCCCUGCCGGAGUACAUAAAAUCCCAGCUUAAUGGCCAGAACAUGUCGGCAUGCCUCAAGUGGUUUGAGGAUCGGCCGACGCUCUUUCACCUUAUAGACAGGGUGUCAGGGAAGCUGGUGCAGACCUAUGAAUCGGAGGCCUUCUUCUACCUGCACAUCAUCAACUGCUUUGAACAGGAUGGUCAUGUGGUGGUGGACAUUUGCAGCUACAGGAAUCCCGAGAUGAUCAACUGCAUGUAUUUGGAGGCCAUUGCCAAUAUGCAAACGAAUCCCAACUAUGCUACCCUCUUCCGGGGACGUCCUUUGAGAUUUGUUCUGCCCUUGGGCACAAUACCCAAGCCUCAGAAUUCCGGAAAAAGGGCUUUGGUCAAGUCUUUCUCCCUGGCUGGUCUGAGUUCUCCUCCGAUUUCCCGAACCAUGAAGCACUCGGUUUCGCAGUAUGCGGAUAUUACAUACAUGCCCACUAAUGGCAAGCAGGAGAAUCUAGGGGAAGAAAGCCCCAAGAGAUAUGCCAAGAAGGGUCGCUAUGAAGAGGAGAACCUGAUUAACCUGGUGACCUUGGAGGGCAGCCAGGCGGAGGCUUUCCAGGGUACUGAUGCAAUCUCCCUGCGUCCGGAAAUGCUCUGCGAUUGGGGCUGCGAGACACCCAGGAUCUUUUACGAACGGUAUAUGGGCAAAAACUACCGAUACUUUUACGCCAUCAGUUCGGAUGUAGAUGCAGAGAACCCAGGAACUCUCAUCAAAGUGGAUGUAUGGAACAAAACCAGUAUUACCUGGUGUGAAGACAACGUGUAUCCCAGUGAGCCCAUCUUUGUGCCCUCACCAGAUCCCCAAUCCGAGGACGAUGGUGUCAUCCUGGCCUCUAUGGUUAUAGGCGGUGGCCUUAACGAUUGCUAUGUGGGCCUGAUUGUGCUGUGUGCCAAAACCAUGACCGAGUUGGGUCGUUGUGAUUUCCACACCAACGGACCCGUUCCCAAGUGCCUCCACGGAUGGUUUGCCCCUAAUGCCAUUUAGAUUCUUAGCUUACUGUUUAUAUG